AUGGUUAGAUCUCUAAACGCGAGCUUCUUGUUCCCUGGUCUAUACUGUCAUCGCCUGUUUUCUUGCUGUGCACGAGGAAUGUGCGUUUUCUCGAAUUGUAAGACGAAAAAUCUGUGAAUCUGGCGCCGAGUGGAUCACAGUUUAUAGGUUUUUGUAGGGGUGGAUGUGUAGUCACCGGUAGUUCCACUUUUUCAUUCGAUUAUUUUGCUGGUCAUUUGCUACGGCUGCAUGUGGGGAUCAAGUUUGGGGGACUCCAUCUGUCAUCUUUUCCUGAGCGAGAUUCUCCCUCCUAAGAGUUAGUGAAGAAAUUAAGUUGAUCCUCAACUUGUUUGCUUGUACAAGAAGUUCGAAUGUAUAUAUUCUCUUACGGCGGCUAUCAAGUCGAUCUCACUAACUUAUUUGAAAAUAUAUUUCUUCGGAGCCAUUGCCAAUGCAAGCUUUGCUUGUUUGUAUCGGGAGGCUGGUUACAGGAGCGGCCAAAUCUGUCCUGGUUCUUAAGAGUCUCAUUCCAUCUAUUUUCCCUGUUCAUACAAUAGCCCAUUAUAUACUAUCAUCAUUUAGGAUAGUGCCAAUGAAUGGGCUACAAUCUUGCCGGUCUGAUUUGGAAGCAGAUAGGUAUGCUUUAGUUUGAUCUUCCCGAUCGGUCUUAGGUUGAUGAGCCGCCCAUGCGCAGUUGUUGAUUACGAGGAAUGCAAAUGGAAGUCCGCAACGAAAUACCUUGAGUUUAUUUUUUCCUGCGUAUUUUCAACUGCGGAUUAUUAUGUUUUAUUGUUUUUUAUUUUGGCUACUGAAUGAAAAUUCUUCUCAUUUAUGUACGUAAUCGUUCAUAUCGAUUCCUGACGUUUUAAAACUUGGUUAGGUACAUUUUUUUGUAUUCUUUUUGUUCAAGGCACUAUUGCUCGUAAAAUUACUUUCCUUACCGUUUAUAGUCUUUAAUCGUGCGAGAAAGUGUAUGCUUCUCGUGUUACAGCUGAGGGGUAGGUAUUUUCCAUGUUUAUUGGCAUGCUGUCUUCCUACAGCGGCUGAAUUUCAUAGUUUGAAGGUGUUUCUUUACAUACGAGUUCUACUGCGAUUGGGCUUGCUGCCCUGAGUUAUUCUGCUGUGGCUUAAUGAUUUUCAUUUUUUCGCCCUCCUGAGUACAUAUUGAUUGAUUGAGGGAUCCAUUUUUUGUGUCGUGUGACAAAAUACGCGCAUUGUCACUUUUCGAAGUGAUUAUCCUGUUUGAUAGUCUAAUGCUAUCUCUUGAGGAUUGUAAUCCAUUUUUCCUUGGACGUACAUAGCUCAGUGGCUGAUAGUCCACUGAUUGUCGUAUUUCUUAUUCUGAUUGACGUAUUUACUAAUAUCUUGAAUCAUAUUUUUUUCACUCUUCAGGCCUUCGUCAAGGCGCUGAAGACCAGGGCAUACUUCAAGCGUUUUCAAGUGAAAUUCAAGAGAAGAAGACGUGCGCAGUCUCCCUACUCUCCAGUUUUUUUUUUUUUUUUUUUUGGGUUCAAUUCUUCCUGAGACUUGUUACCAUCUUUCUUUACAGAGGGAAAGACUGACUACCGUGCCAGGAUCCGGUUGAUUAACCAGGACAAGAACAAGUACAACACGCCAAAAUAUCGCUUCGUUGUCCGAUUCGUAUCCUUAAGAUAUGCCGUAUGGUUUGUUUUUUUCAACUUGAUACUUCCCGAUGUGGCAAGUGUUUCCUAGUUAACAAGGUGUGAUCAGACCAACAAGGAUAUCACUGCCCAGAUUAUCUCUGCCAGCAUUGCUGGGGAUUUGGUCCUAGCUGCAGCUUACUCACACGAGCUGCCGAAGUAUGGGCUCAAAGUUGGGCUCACCAACUAUGCCGCAGGUACCUUUUCUUCUGAUAUUCAAUCUCCAUGCCCUCUCUGUUGCUUUUUCUGCCUUGGUCUACCACUUCUGCACCAAGUAACGAGCGUAUUAUGGCAGCUUAUUGCACCGGGCUUCUCUUGGCUCGCCGAGUCCUGAAGACGCUCAACAUGGAUCAGGAUUAUGAGGGGAACGUUGAAGUACGUUUUGUGGGCAUCUCUAUCUGUGUUACGGCGUCCUCAUCAUCAUCAUAGCAUCAUCGUCGUCUGGUUGUUAUGUGCUUGGCAGGCCACUGGGGAGGACUUCUCUGUUGAACCUGUGGAGACCAGGAGGCCAUUCCGUGCCCUCCUGGACGUCGGCCUAGUGAGGACGACGACCGGAAACAGGGUUUUUGGGGCUCUCAAGGUGAAACUCUCUGCCCUUCUAAGCGCAUGCUGCUUGUCUGUGUACAUAACAUUAUAUGCCCAGAAGGCUGGAAUUAUGUAUCGUAGCAGUUUACCGACGAGGAAUCAAACUCCAUUGAAACUGGGUUUGACCACGUUUUCGAUUGCUUCUUACUAUAUCCGCUUUAUCGAUGAUAAUUUUGCCCAGCAGACUGAGGAUUGUUUGCCAUAUAUAACUUUAUUGUAUGAUCGUAAUAAAAUUGCCAUUUAUGGCAAAUAUAUAUAAACGUUUUUUUUUGUUUUGGUUCAGGGAGCACUUGAUGGAGGUCUUGAUAUCCCUCACAGCGACAAGAGGUUCGCUGGUUUCAAGAAGGACGACAAGCAGCUUGAUGCCGAGGUGCACAGGAAGUACAUCUACGGUGGCCACGUUGCUUCUUACAUGAGGGUCAGACCUUCCUCCGUCAUCUUUCUCCCUCUCUCUAACUCAUUUGCCGUACAGUUUCUUUCUCUCUCUCACACACACAAUCACAUCCUCAUCCGCGGGGUUUUUUCUUUUUCAGACCCUCCAAGAGGACGAGCCAGAGAAGUACAACGCCCACUUCAGCCAGUUCAUCAAGGGGGGGGUUGAGCCCGACGACAUUGACGAGCUCUACAAGAGUGUCCACGCCGCCAUCCGCGCUGACCCAUCGCCGGCCAAGUCAACCAAGCCCGCUCCCAAAGAGCACAAGAGGUGAAAAGACCCACCAGUUCUACCUUCGCCCAUUUCCCAAUUCGGGAAGCCUCGACAUGAGUUGACGCUGGUGCUCGCCGAUCUCUGCAGGUACAACCUGAAGAAGCUGACCUACGAGGAGAGGAAAGCCAAGCUCAUCGAACGGCUGAACGCCCUCAACUCUGCCGGCGGCGGCGCCGAGGAUGACUCCGAGGAGGAUUAG